CCCCCACCUGGGGGCGAGCCCCCCGCCCUGCCGCGGGGCCGGCUGCUCCGACAACCCCGGGCCGCCUCCCCCUCCUCCUCCCCCUCCCCUUCCUCCCCCCCCCCCUCCUCCUCCUCCUCCCGCUCCGCGCCCACAUCCUCCCUCCGCCCCAUCCUCUUCCUCGGGCCGGCUUCCGGCCUGCCUCCGCCGGGGACUUUGGUCCAGCCCCGGUUUCCUGCAUCAAUCAUCAACCAGGGGAGGGAGCCGGCGGCCAGCGCUCGGCCCCGCCGCCGUAAGAGUCCCGCGGGGCCCCGGGGGCCGCCCCCGCCCCCCCGCUCCCCCCCCCACCCCGUUACCCCGCCGCCCCCGGAGCCACCAUGUCCUCGGCCGCCCCGGCCAAGUUCCCCUUCAAGAAGCGGGGCAGCCUGCAGACCCCCGGCCCCGCAGAGUUGCGGGGGGGGGCCGGGGUCCCGGCCCCUGCAGUCGGCGCGCUCCCUGCCCGGGACACCCCACUGCCUGAAGCACUUCCCUGUCGACCUGCGCACCUCCAUGGAUGGCAAAUACAAGGAGAUCGCUGAGGAGCUGUUCUGCCGCUCGCUGGCCGAGAGCGAGAUGCGGACGGCGCCCUACGAGUUCCCCGAGGAGAGCCCCAUCGAGCAGCUGGAGGAGCGGCGGCAGCGCCUGGAGCGCCAGAUCAGCCAGGACGUGAAACUCGAGCCCGACAUUUUGCUCAGAGCCAAACAGGACUUCCUGAAAGUUGACAGUGCUGCGGACUUACAGUGAGUGUUUGGCUCGGUGACACCGGGGGCUCGGGGUC